AUGCCGGUUUGGUUUUUCACGCGACUUUCGGUUACGUUUUAUGCUUCGUUACCUGUGCUUGGGCUUUGGGACGGCGGCACGCACUCGUUUCCGUUUCUUUUUUUACACACAUUUUCUUUUUGUUUUCGUCACGUUUUUUCUUGUUUGUGGCACACUGCAGCUACAAGGCGGCAGGAGGCCGAAUCUAGAAAUGUAUACGAGGGCUGGAUUGAGGCAACCAACUACUCGUAUGCUGAUUACAGAGCAACAGAGCAGGUCGAUGCAGGCAACAAUCAGUUGCGGGCGGAUGAGGAGGAGGCGGCCACCCAAAGGCCCGCAGUGCAAGUAAAAGUGACAAAUGAAGUGGAAAGUGCCAUGAUGAGGGCAAAAGCAGCAGCAGCAGCGGCAGCUGAAAGACUACAGCUAAAUAGAAAUGAAGACACCAAGGGCAGGCAUGCAGGCAUGCAAAUCGUAAGGACAUCUAACCAGAACAUCAGCAGUAUGAACUUAAUGAGACCCGAUGCGCUGCCAAUAUCGGAAAGAAAUAAUUUCGACAAUAACAACAACAAUUCGGCUGGCCAAAUGGCUGGUGAUGAACAACUAUUGCGAUUGCAGGACUACAAUUUACUGUACAACGCCGAGCGACAGACAUACUUUCAGCUGCAUACGAGCAAUGGGCGUGGCCCGAUUAGGCUAUCGCAUGGUAAUCGACUGCUGCAGCAGGUCGUUGGCAACAAGCUGAGCGCUGCCUUUGGCCUGAAUGCCAAUGACGGCAAUGAUCUGGCGACGCAAACGGUGAAGCUCUACGAUGCCGCAUCGCUGCGACAAUCACGCUUCAAUCCCUUCCAGCCCACGCGAAUCAUAAUACACGGCUGGCUGGGCAAUGCACAUGCCAAUGUGUACAGCUACCUGGUACCAGCUUACUUGAACCUCAGCGAUGGCAGCUACAAUAUUUUCACUGUGGAUUGGGGCCGUGGCGCCAUCGCUGAUUAUAUAACGGCCAGCUAUAGGGUGAAGCCCGUGGGUCAGGUGUUGGCCAAGUUUCUGGACUUUUUGCACGUGGAGGCGGGCAUGCAGUAUGAGGAUCUGCAGCUGAUUGGCUUCAGCAUGGGCGCGCAUAUUGCCGGACUGGCCGCCAAGCACGUGCAGACUGGUCAUGUGCGUGUGAUACGUGCCUUAGAUCCGGCCCUGCCCUUCUUUCGCUAUGCCCAAGAGAAGGAGCGCCUCAGCCACAACGAUGCGGACUAUGUUGAGGUGCUACACACGAGCGUGGGCAGCUACGGAUUCGAUCGUCCGCUGGGCCAUGCAGACUUCUAUGCCAACUGGGGCAGCCAGCAGCCGGGCUGCUUCUGGCACGAAUGCAGUCACUGGCGUGCCUUUGCUCUCUUCAAGGAGAGCCUGGAGGUGACGGCGUUCGAGGCCAAAGGCUGUCAGCCAAGCGAAUGGCAGCAGUUGACACGGCACAAACGCUGCCCGCAGCCAACGGGCAGCAGGCUCCACAUGGGCGGAGAUUUGGGUGAGCUAUCAAUGGAGCAGCUGGCGCAGCGCGAGGGAGUUUAUUAUUUUGAUACCCAGGCGCAACCGCCAUACGAUAAGGGGCCAGUUUCAUAGACGCAGCUGAGCAUUCAGUGUGGCAUGCGGCAUGUGGCAUGU